AUUUGACGAAUAAAGCUUUAAAAGGCGUGCAAGAUUUGCUACCGGCUAUGGCUGAAGGCGAGCUUGCAUCAGUAUGUUCAUGGGCAGAUCAGAUGAGAUUCAAAUAUCGGUGGGCAAGCCCACUACAUUAUGCUAAUACCCCAGGACUCUGCAAUUUCAAGUACUCAAGGGAUUGCCACAAUUCCAAGGGAGAGAGAGAUAUGUGUGUUGCCGGAGCAAUCAACAACUAUACUGCUCAGCUCCAAAACAACCAAGAUCCAUCAAAUACAUAUAAUUUGACUGAGAGCCUCAUGUUUCUUGCCCACUUUGUGGGAGAUAUCCACCAACCUCUGCAUGUAAGUUUUGAGUCCGAUGAAGGCGGAAAUACGAUAAUAGUCCAUUGGUACCGGAGGAAGAGCAAUCUUCAUCAUGUGUGGGAUGUAAAUAUAAUUGAGACAGCGAUGAAAGACUUUUAUAACGGUGACCGUGACACGAUGAUAGAGUCAAUCAAAAUGAACAUAACUUCGGAUGCAAUCGAUGAGUGGGCGUGCCACAGAAAAUCAGCUCCUUGUACUGAGAAGUAUGCAUCGGAGAGCAUACGACUUUCUUGUGAAUAUGCAUACAAGGAUGUAGAACAAGAUUCUACACUAGAAGAUGAUUAUUUUUUCUCUAGGCUUCCUGUGGUUGAGGAGAGAUUAGCUCAAGGGGGUGUGAGAUUGGCUGCUAUACUUAAUAAAAUCUUUGAUGCAAAUUCUCAUGAAGGAGUUUUGGAGGAAAUUAAUGCAAAGAGAACUGAUACAGCACGUUACAGUGGAGAAGAAAACAGUUAAAAGGUGCCCUGUUCCUUCACAAAUAAGCAUCGUUAAUUUUCCAUUUAGUCCCUCUAUUAAGUGCUAAUUGUUCCAAAAGAAUUGUAAUUGAGUGGUAAUUCUGUGAUAAUAAUACUUUCUUUUAGCGUCCUCUACUUUUUUCAAUAAAUUGAUUUUAAUACUGAUAUUGCGAGCAAUUUAGAGAAUUUUUGGAUUCUCUCCACUUACAGAGUUACAGUUGUGACUAAUUUGAAGCCAACACUUGCUAUUGUUAACAACCGAAAACCUAAUUAAUCUGCACACAUCGACAAUACAGAGAACAAAUAAAAUUAAAGAAACAAUCACAAAGAUGCAAAGAUUUUUAAUGAAGUUUCGUAAUUAAAUAAGGUGAUUACCUAUGUCCUUGGUUGCAACUAGGGCAAUUAAGUAUUAUAAAAAAUAGAAAGGAGAGAGGAGAGAGGGAGAGAACUCUUACAAUCCUAAUCAUGUCAGCCUAAUCAAUCUCUUGUACGGCAAUUGUUCUUUAUUUAAAACUAUU